AUGGCCGAGGGCUCGGCGGAGCUGGAGCUGUUCCGCCGCCGCUGGCGGGAGGAGCUGGCGGGGGGCGCGAAGCGACGGCGGCGGGAGGCGGCAGCGGAGCUCGCGGCGGGUCCCGAGAGCCGCCGCAGCGCGGAGCCGAGCGAGCCGGCCUACCUGGCGCUGGCCCGCGGCCUGCUGGACGGCGGCGCCCCGCCCGCCCCGGCCUGCCGCAGCCCGUCGCCCGCCCGCCCCGCCGAGGAGCCCGCGGGGGACGGAGGCGGCGACGGCGACGACCUGCUGGGGCAGCUCAUCCGGGACCUGAAUGAAAUAAAUGAGGUUCCUUUCUUUGAUAUCCAGCUGCCUUAUGAACUGGCACUGAAGAUAUUUCAGUACCUGGGCAAGACUGAAUUGGGAAGGUGUGCUCAGGUCAGCAGGACAUGGAAAGUACUUGCGGAAGAUGAAGUGUUGUGGUACCGCUUGUGCCAACAGGAAGGAUACCUGUUAGAUACAAGCAUCUCCGAUCAUUCCUGCUGGAAGCUCGCCCUCAAGAACUGCCGUGCCAGAGAGCGUGCUUUGAAAACCAACUGGAAGAACCGCAUCGGUGCUGUGAGCCAGCUGCAAUAUGAGCUGGGAAAAAUUCUUUGUGAUGUACAUUCUUGCGAUGGAGUUGUUAUUGCCGGAUACACGUCAGGAGAAGUGAGGUUGUGGGACACUCGCACCUGGGACUACACAGCCCCCAUCCUGGAACCAAUACACGGUCCUGGUGAUGCUGGACCUCAGCCACGUGUCUCCUUUGUGAGGAUAAACAGCUCUCUGGCUGUAGCAGCUUACGAGGACGGAACCGUUAGCGUUUGGAACCUGAUGUUCGGGCGGGAGCCAAUCCAUCAUUACCAGCACAAUCAGAGGAUACAGGCUUUAGCUCUUGGUUCAGAGGGUGCAACGGUAGCAACGGCAUCUGGCUUUGAGGUCAAAGUGGAAAGCCCUAAUGACAGAGGAUUCUGGCAAACGACAGAAACAUUUGAAAUCCAGAAAUUGGUCAACUUCCUUAAUCUGGUUCCAGAUGUUACGGGGAGGCCAGUGACAGUAGCAGCUGCAGAAGACAUUGUCUAUCUCCUGAAAGCAGAAGAUCCUGGCAAAGUCCUGCAUUCUGUCUAUGGUCAGCCUGUCACAUGUCUCGAUGUGUCUGCUCAUGAAGCAGCCUUUGGGGUCAAAACCUUUGGCUGGUUAUUGAAUGAGCCCAACCAGAUUCUUCUUUACAACCUGGAAACAAGUCAGUGUCUGAAGAAGAUGGGCAACUCGAUAGGUGACUUUACGUGUGUCAACCUCCAGAACAGUCCUCCCAACAUGCUUGUUACAGGCAAUAAAGACAGAAGGGUCCGGGUAUUCGAUCUCCGCAAAAGCGAAUCUUUGUGCUCCCUCUAUGCCCACCAGUUAGGAGUGUCUGCGGUCCAGAUGGAUGACUGGAAGAUCGUCAGUGGAGGAGAAGAGGGCUUGGUCUGCGUGUGGGACCAACGGAUGGGCACCAAACUCUGGGAAAUGCAUGCCAGACAUCCAGUCCGCCACGUAUGGUUUAAUUCUCAUAGCCUCAUCACUGCAAACAUCCCUGAUGAGAAAACCCCCCGAGGUGCUAGCAUCACGGACGACGACCUUACCGCACACCGCAAGCAUCGAGGAAUCAUUUAUGCCUACGAGUUCUCCGUGGACCAGCUGGCUGUAGAGAGCGUCCUUCCUAUUUGCCGCUCUUCCUACGACGAAGUGACUGGUUACAACUACAACGUUGGCCUUGCAGUUCCCUACGAUAACAUUUAGGUAACUCACUUUACUUGGCUUCUGUGGUCCAGCCCUCUGCCAAGUACAUGGCCAAAGGCAAAAAGGAGAUCCAUGUGGGACAAGCACCAAAAAGAUGGCGUUGGCUGCAGGCACGUCAAAUGUGAGCUGAGCAUUUGCCAAAAACUUGGGGAUAUGAACCAGAAGAGAGAGUAAUGGCUGCUCUCGAGCGUAUCGCUAAAAUAUGUUGUUGCACAAGUGUUCAAAGGUCCACUGUGGUGGAACGGAGGGACUGAAGAGUGAAGGGGAACAGUACACUUCAGCAUAAACAAAAACGUUCCUUCCUUUGGAGGGGGAAAAAGACUGUUGAUCCCAUCUUGGCAGAAGACAUGGUCAGGAAGCCCUGAGUGGCAAACUGCUGAAAUGGUGGGAGGCCAGGAGCACGUUGAGGAGUUCAUGCCUAUCCUGAGAGGGGGAGAAAAAAAACCACCAAGGACUUGGAAAAAGCAUCUUGCUGAGCCACAUGUUUGAAAUUUCUUUCCUUGUAAUGAGCUGCUCAUUCUUCUUUUCCUUGGAGUGCAUCGGAAUGUGUCUAGGAACAGAACCAUGCACAAAAGGUUAUGGUGGUUGGGAGAGGGGAGUGUGAUGGAGAGAGGGAGGGGAAGGUUGGCCUUGGCCAGGCUGGAUGCUUGGAAACUCAGCAGGCCACACGCAUUGAAAUUAUUUUAAAAUAAAUUAUUUUUUUAAGUCUCUCAAAUUCUGGAUUAAAUGUUUUCUAAUUGUGUGUGUACAUGUAUUCGUGGGCUUUUUGUUCGUAAG